UGGAGAGGUCAAGACUUGCUCUCGUCACACUCAUGUGUGUUUUGUUGUUCAGUCAGAACAGAAUCUAUGGAGCAGAAGUGGAGAUGAAAGUCAGACCAGGAGACAACAUCACUCUCUACUGUGAUCGCUCUGUAACUCUUGGUUUCCGCUUUGUAUGGAUAAGAAACUGCUCUCAUGAAAAUCAACCCUCUCUCGAAAUAGAUUAUACAAAAUGGUUCUGGAACACAUUAAAGCGUUUCAGCUCUGUCCACAACCGCUCCAGUAAUUCUUAUGAUCUACAUAUUACUAACAUCAGUGUCUCUGAUCUGGGACUGUAUUACUGUGCAGAAGUAGAGAAUAAAGUACAUAAAGAUGAAAACGGCAUCAUCUCCUCAUCUGAAGUGUACUAUUAUGGAAACCGAACAACUCGUCUCUCUCUUGCAGAGGAAGUAACUUCAUGUUCUGGACUCUUGAACAUCACCUCCACUCCUCGUGUAUCAGACUGUGUUCUCUGCUGGACGCUGCUGUUCAGUGUGUGUCCGGUGUGUGUUCUCCUCUUCUCACUCCUGUCCUCCAUCUGUGUGUACUGCCUCUGUCAGAGGAAAACUGCAGAUUCUGAGCAGAGUGCAGAGAUACUCACUGCAAAUGUUAUUAAGGGGGAUCCUACAGAGAAACAUCAGUGUGAGACGAGUAAAACUGGAAAGAUCUGCCUCCACACUGAAGUCUCUUAUAGACUGCUGACAUCUUCAUAUCCCUAUGCCAAGAUGUGAUUCUACUGCUCAGUUUAAACAACUUACUGAAAACUUGGUGAUUUCUAUUGCUCUCUUUUUGUACUCAGCAACGUCAGCUAUGAUUUCUGAAAGCUCUCUCCACAUUUAGUUCACAUGCACAAACAAACUUGCAGCACAUUUUUUUUUUAUAAUUGUAUUUACAUAUACAGUUAUGCAUGAUACACAAAUAUAAAAUAUUUCAAAUUUUCAAAUAAAAUACUAACGAAAUAAAAAAAACAAAAAACAAAGUAACAUUUUAUUUGCACAUUUUCUGGUUGCAAAUUAUAUUUUCGUAAUGAAAUAACAUUGUUUUUUAAAAACAACAUUAAUUUGAAAUCUUUUAUUGGAUUAAACAAAAUAAACAAAAACAAUAAUAACUAAUAACAAAUAAUAACUGUUUAUUAGCCAGUUUGUGUUUUUGUCAAAAUGUCCUUCUGUGCAAUAAAAGCUAAAUUUAGACUGAUCAGUAAAACAUUUAAAGUGAGUGACAACAACUUAAAUGCAGAUCUGUUUUCCUUUUCAGUCCAGAAUCAUAAUUACUUUCUUUGUCUUAAAAGGGACGAGAAAAAUAAGAUUAAACUUUACAUUCUCUGUUCUCACACCUAUCGGCAGGAUGUUGGGUUUCCUGUGUACGUUAUACCGCUCAUUCUUUCUUUUUUCUUUUUCUCUCUUCUUG